UUCAGUUCCAUUACAUACGUUAACUGUUGCGUUUGUUGCCUAGUCAGUUUUGUGCUUGUUUCUGUUCUUACUUUGUUGUUAAACCCUUCCUCGGGAUCGCACAGAUUCUCUCCGCUGAAGCGGCGAUGGCAAGUCAGGUCAAAAGCGAUGAAUCCGGGUCUGUGGAGAAGGACAGCGCUUUAGCGGGACAGACAGUCAGAGAAGACGAAACCGAAACCGAUAGCAUUAAUCAAAGUUUGGUCCGCCUGAAUCCUGAUGAGGAGUAUAAGAUGGAUCACAAGAAGCGAGGAAUGGCUCUGAUCUUUAACCAUGAAAAUUUCUACUGGCAGCUCAGGUUGAACAGCCGCUCUGGCACAGAAGCAGACAAGCAGAAUCUUGCUAAAAGAUUUCAGGAGCUGGGGUUUGAAGUGAAGACUUAUAAUGAUUACAAACGGGAAGAAGUUUUAACCAUAAUCAGAGAAGCUGCUGCCGCUAGUCAUGUAGAUGCAGACUGUUUUGUCUGUGUCUUUUUAAGUCAUGGGGAAAAUGGUCACAUCUAUGCCAAUGAUGGGCAGAUCCAAAUUCAAGAAAUCACUGAUUUGUUCAAGGGGAAUGAAUGCCGUAGCCUUGUAGGGAAACCCAAGAUCUUCAUCUUGCAGGCUUGUCGCGGUGACAAACAUGAUGAACCUGUGGCUCCAAUGGAUGUGGUGGACAGUCAGCCGGUCAAUGAAGUGGUUGUGGAUGCUGGAGCGCUCUGCACCCUUCCAGCAGGAGCAGAUUUCCUUAUGUGCUAUUCUGUUGCUGAAGGAUAUUACUCUCAUCGUGAGACGGUGAGAGGCUCGUGGUACAUCCAGGAUCUGUGUGAAAUCCUGAGGUGUUAUGGAUCUAAACUGGAGUUCACCGACAUCCUGACACUUGUUAACAGGAAGGUUUCCAUUCGCAGUGUAGAAAACUGCAGGGAUCGCUCUGCGUUAGGCAAAAAACAAGUGCCUUGUUUUGCUUCCAUGCUCACGAAGAAGCUGUUUUUCAGGCCAAAGAAAUAAUAUUAGUGUUAGGGACUUUUUGUUGGUAAAAAUGCAUGGGAUUAUUUUAUUUUAUUUGACUUUAGGUUGUGCUCCUAAAUAUAAAUCAUUUUCAAAAUGGAAAUCAUGCAGGUUUGACAAGCUCAGGGUUACAAAGUACAAUUUUUUUUUUUUUUAUAAACCCAUUAAUGAUGAUAGAUAAUUAGGUUUCACAGUUUACACUAUAGAAAUAGAAAAAAUACUUAGAAUUACCUGCAGGCCAAGAUCAAGAGUUUUUAGUGCAAUGAAAACUACUUAUAAAACUGGACUAAAGAAGAAAUUUAUGUCUAUCUAUCCUGCAUACUACAUUCAUGAUCAUGGUCUGUCAUUCGUAGCACUAAAGCAUGAUCUCUUCAUCUCUGAGACAUGUCAGGGUCUGUUGAGAACUUACUUUAGUUUGAAACUGGGAGGAACCGUACAAGAAACUCCAGUUAAACGGUUUUAAAAAAGAUACUUAUCUACCAGCUUUGCAUAGACACUACAUGGAGCUAAACGGGGUUUUUAUUAUGGUUUUGGUUUAAAUAUUUUAUCGUACAUGUUGUGUCUGAAUUGUUGAAAAGCGUGACUUUUAGAGAUCCGGCCACAGAGACACUACACUUUUACAUGUUUCUGACAUCAAAUAUUUUUGACAACUUGACUUUUGGUGUUGAGAUUUAUCACAUAGUUAAAACUACAAGUAAAUAUAUAUGAUAAGAACUGAAUGGUUUUUACACAUUCUUUACUCCGAUCCGUUAUCUUGGGAGUGAAAUUUAUAGUAUGGCCGUUUUAAUGUUGUUGCAAGCCUCAUAAUAUUCAUCUCUUUGAUAAUGCAGGUGUUUCUUUUAGAAUGAGGUAUUAAUUUCCCUCGUAAUGUGACGGCUUUCUGUUCUGUUUGAACAUGGAUUAUUGGGAAACUUUCUGUUGUGCAACAUUAACCUUUGUUGCAUGUGCAGUUGUCAGAAUUGAGUAGGCUUGCCUCUAUAUUCAAAUAACAUUCCUCUGCAUUGAAGGCUUGCGCUAUAUUUGCUAAUAUAGCAAAUCUAGGGUUAUAGUGUAGGUUUCCCUAAACUGUUAAAACGAGUUGAUUUAAAAAAAGAA